UGUCGAGUAUAAGAUUUUUCCUUUAUUUUUAAGUGAAAUUUUACAAUUUAUUAUAUUUUGAUAAAAUUUACAAAUCACAAUGGCACCAAAGGGUAAAGGGAAAGGUAAAAAGGGACCGCCAGAGUCAGGAUGGAUGCCUGGGUUUGGAACCAAGGCCACAAUGAGCACCUACUUCCAGUACCCGACCCCCGAGUUGCAGGAGGAGCUGAAGAAGAUCGCGCAGGCGAUCGUCGCUCCCGGCAAGGGUAUCCUCGCUGCCGAUGAGUCCACUGGAACCAUGGGCAAGCGUCUCCAGGACAUCGGCGUGGAGAACACUGAGGAGAACCGCCGCAAGUACCGCCAGCUCUUGUUCAGCACUGACCCGGCUCUCUCCGAAAACAUCUCCGGAGUGAUCCUCUUCCACGAGACGCUGUACCAGAAGGCGGACGACGGCACGCCGCUGGUCAGCCUGCUGGAGAAGCGCGGCAUCAUCCCCGGCAUCAAGGUCGACAAGGGCGUCGUCCCGCUGUUCGGAUCUGAGGACGAGUGCACCACCCAGGGUCUGGACGACCUUGCCCAGCGCUGCGCCCAGUACAAGAAGGAUGGUUGCCACUUCGCCAAGUGGCGUUGCGUGCUGAAGAUCGGUCGCAACACGCCGUCCUACCAGUCUAUCCAGGAGAACGCUACUGUUCUGGCCCGCUACGCUUCCAUCUGCCAGAGCCAGCGUAUCGUGCCCAUCGUGGAACCCGAGGUCUUGCCUGAUGGUGAGCACGACUUGGACCGCGCCCAGAAGGUGACCGAGGUGGUGUUGGCUGCCUGCUACAAGGCUCUUAGCGACCACCACGUCUUCCUCGAGGGUACCCUGUUGAAGCCCAACAUGGUGACCGCCGGCCAGUCGUGCAAGAAAACGUAUACUCCCAUGGACGUCGCACGCGCUACCGUCACGGCUCUUCUCCGGACCGUGCCCGCUGCCGUUCCCGGCGUUACAUUCCUCUCCGGUGGCCAGUCUGAGGAGGAGGCCUCCGUCAACUUGAACGCCAUCAACGCGGUUGACCUCAAGCGACCCUGGGCCCUGACCUUCAGCUACGGUCGCGCUCUCCAGGCGUCCGUACUCCGUGCUUGGGCCGGCAAGCCUGAGAACGUUCUGGCUGGACAGCAGGAGCUUCUGAAGAGAGCCAAGGCUAACGGCCAGGCCUCCCAGGGCAAAUACGUCGCUGGAUCAGUAACAGGUGUGGGCGCCGACUCCGGCCUUUUCGUUGCCAACCACGCUUACUAAACACACACUUUUCCACACUAGCAACACUCGGUCUAUGCACCGUUUGACAGAUUGACAGAUGUUCGCGCGCCAUUUUCUUUUCGUGGUCCAAUUAUGAAAUAGUGACGCGUCACACCACUCACAAAGCUAUGUCGAUAUCAAUUUUUUUUGCUAUUUUAAUUACUACAAAAUUAUGUCUGAAUCUUCUUGUGACGCGUCUUUUAUUUCGCGGUCCAUCAAAAUGUCGGUUUGACAGUUAAAUUAGCUGUCAAAAUGCGAUUUAUCGACACUAUUAACUUUUGUCGAUAUAAUCGCUGACAAAACAACUGAAACUAUCAUUUUUCUAUGAACAUUCUAGUUUUUUUUAGUAAAACGCAUAUUUAUGUAAGCAUAUGCCUCGAAUAUAAGAUCAACAUUGGUCACGUAGAGUGUGUAGUGUUGUAUUCGUAUGUUGAGAUUAUAGAUUAGUGCUUCAUCGAUUGCGUAGAAUAUUAAAAGGCGUACAACUUAGCUUGCAAAGAUUCUUAAAUCUAUUUUGAUGUUAAAAAUAUAUGAGCAUUUAAAAAAUGUUGUAUCGUCUCAAAAAAUAUGUCGAUUCUAUUCAGAAGAGUCCUUGCAAGAGUAAAAUAUUGAAAUUAUAUCUAGAAAAAUAUUAGAUCGAUGUUGUUAAAUCAAAUGUUAAAAAUUUAUUUGUAAAUUGUAUUAAGUAUUACAGAAACGUUACAUACUGUUAAUUUUUAUCCAUUUAUAUGGUUUUAUAUUUAUUAUCAUUUUAGUUGUAAUGUAAUUUUGAUAUUUUUAAGAUUAAAGUUAUAUCUUCAAUCAGGUA